CUGGAUGCAUACACGUUGUGGCUUUUAACAGGGAAAGCACAUUGCCAUGCACACCACUCCCUGCAGGCUCAGCAGAGAAUAGCGACAACAGCAGCUCUCUCGCUCUCUCUCUCUCCUGCUCUCUCCACCUCUACCAGACAAGACUCCUCCUCUCCAUCUCUCUGUGACUCCCUCUCUCCUGCAUAUGAUCUGUACUUCACUUCCUCCCAGCUGAAGCAGGAGAUAACAGCACGCUACAUACAGUGAACACAAAGGAAAAACCAGAGAAGAAAAGAAAGAGACGGCUGUGGUUUCUGUAGAUAAGAAGAACGCUGCUCCCUGUGACUUCAGUGAGAGAGAAAGUCUGAGGCCAGCUUCAGCAGCAAGCUACCUUGAGUUAAAGCUUCUGUCUGGCUGCCACAUUCAGCGAUGAGUCGAAGGGAGGCUCUGGUGGGGAACCCUGCGCCCAGCGCGGCGCCUGAGGUAUUGGUCAACAGCACAGAGGCAGCAGGGCCCGGUCCCCGCGAGACCAAAGAUGAGAUGUUCUCCAAAGUCAAAGACAAGUUCAUGAAUGAACUGCACAAAAUCCCACUGCCAUCAUGGGCCAUUGUCGCCAUCGCAUUUGUUGCUGUUGUACUAGUUGUUUCCUGCUGCUUCUGCAUCUGCAAAAAGUGGAUAUUCAAGAAGAAGAACAAGAAAAAGGGCAAAGACAAGGGCAAGAAUGCCAUCAACAUGAUGGACGUCAAAGACGGUAUCAAAACCGAGGCCUUGAAGGAUGAGGAUGAUGCGGAAACAGGGCUGACGGAUACAGAGAAAGAGGUGGAGCCUAAGGAAGAAGAGAAACUUGGCAAAUUACAGUACUCCAUGGAUUACAAUUUCACAGAGAAUACGCUCAUAGUGGGGAUCAUCCAAGCAGCAGAAUUGCCUGCCAUGGAUAUGGGUGGUACUUCUGACCCCUACGUGAAGGUCUACCUUCUUCCAGACAAGAAGAAGAAAUUUGAGACCAAGGUCCACCGGAAGACGCUGAAUCCCGUUUUCAACGAGCAAUUCACCUUUAAGGUUCCCUACAUUGAGCUUGGAGGGAAAACUCUAGUGAUGACCGUAUAUGACUUUGACCGCUUCUCCAAACACGACGCCAUUGGAGACGUGAAGGUGCCCAUGAAUAAGGUCGACUUUAGCCAUGUGACUGAGGAGUGGAGGGACCUCCAGAGCGCCGAGAAAGAAGAGCAAGAGAAGCUGGGUGACAUCUGUUUCUCUCUGCGGUAUGUGCCUACUGCUGGCAAACUGACCGUGGUCGUUCUGGAGGCCAAGAACCUGAAGAAGAUGGAUGUCGGUGGCCUGUCAGAUCCCUACGUCAAGAUCCACCUGAUGCAGAACGGCAAGCGGCUGAAGAAAAAGAAGACGACAAUCAAAAAGAACACCCUCAACCCUUAUUACAAUGAGUCUUUCAGUUUCGAAGUGCCAUUCGAACAAAUCCAGAAAGUUCAAGUUGUUAUAACUGUUCUGGACUAUGACAAGAUUGGCAAGAACGAUGCCAUCGGCAAAGUGUUUGUGGGCUUGAACAGCACAGGCACCGAGCUCCGUCACUGGUCAGAUAUGCUGGCCAACCCGAGGAGACCCAUCGCGCAGUGGCACGUGCUGAAGCCGGAAGAGGAAGUUGAUGCCCAGCUGGCAGCUCAGAAAAAAUAGAGCAGCCCAAGCCCAAACCCCGUCCCCUUCCCCACAAACCCACCCGUGUAGUGCUCUUUACCCAGUGCGUGUAGAUACCUCAGUGAUAUAAGGAUCCAUGCACCCUCACUCCUAAUUUCGCGUCUAAGAAAACCGCCUUCUCGGACCACCCCCUUGAGAUGUUGUGUUGUUACGUCAGUUUCGACCCCCUUUCUUCCUUCCUUCCUUCCUUCCUUCCGUCGAUAAACUUUUCUCUAUCCUUUAUUGUUUCACCUCCAUCCACGACCUUAAAGUCCCCGACCAAAUGCCCCCUUCUUUUAAGCAAUAUGAUCUGUAUAGAUAGCGCAUGACUGGAGGAAUUUAUUAUACCACAGGUGUAUAUAUCAGUAUGCAGACGAAAUGAUUUCUAGUUUAUGUGUUUGUAUGUUGUUACCCGUUUCCUAAUCUGUGUAUAUCUUGAUGUUUUUAAUAAGAUGUUCUAUUUUAAAUUAUGUAAAUGCAGACAUAGAAGAGCCAAUAUUAUAUAUAAUGGGAUUUAAGAAUUUUACCUUAUUGCAUUCCACUAAAAUAUACGAUAUAUCUCUAUAUAAAUAUUUACGAGCUAAAGAAUUCCAACCUGCAAGAUGCUAGUGGAGGUACACUCACUUCGUAAAGGACGGUUUGCGCUUCAUGUUUACUUAAAAAAAAAAGAAAAAAAAAAAGCAUACAGAUGUACACGUUAAACACACAGAACACAAAGGCCAUUAACUAAUAUGGUUUCAUGGUAUAAAUAUAUUAUGCUGCUGGCAAUUAUACAAGCACAUGAUUUCGUAAGAACUUUUUGUACUAAUUUAUCAAACUGAGGACCUGUACGCUUUGCUUAAACCACUAUAACGGAAGUUCUUCUUACUUGACGAAAACCAAUCAGCCUUUUCUUUUGAUUUCUAAUACGGUGAUGCUGUUAACUUUUAGUAGAACGGGUCCCCUGUUUGCUUCUUUCUUGUUUUCGGUCCUUAGAUUCCCGAAUCUGAUUUGGCGCCUUCACGAAAACUGGAAAUUGACAAUUUAUGGGACAGUCUCAAGCUGUAGCCAUUGUUUCCUUGAAGCUUGAUUUUGUGAAUCGCUUCCUUUCCUGUCGUUGGACUCGUUUCGUUGACGAAUUUGUGGUUCAGCCUCCAAAAAAAUGAAACCCGGAGUUUCGACUCUAGCUUUAAGACAACUGUUUUUUAGAUUAAGUCAACGUCUGAAUAUUUUUGGUAACUGCAUGAUUUUUUUUACGAUCUUUGCUAAAGGCCGGGUAACGGGGGGAUUUAUUUACACCGGGGCGUCUGUUUCAAGAGACUCCCUUGCCUUCAAUCAAAAGGUAAUCAAACGUUGAGGGACGGCGGCUUUCAAAGCGGUCGGUCCCGUCGAGACGGCGAGGAGGAGAGGCGAGCUUUUAAACACUGCCAUUGUUUUCAGGGAGGUACGAGGCGCACGCGACUCCUCCCUCCACGCACACUCCACUCGGAUAGCGGUCGUAGCUUCGGUUCAUCGGGGAACAAUGUAUUUUGGCCACAACGGUGCCCUAAACAGCAGUUUUUGCUUUCUGUUGCCUUCUCACAGUGACAAUAGAGUUAGCCAUGCUUAACUGCCAAUCCCUUCCCCUGUGGCUACUAUUUUGCACUGUACCGUCUCAGAGCAGACGAUUGCUUGCCGGGAAACCGCGACGACGUUGACAUACACGCGGUUCAGCUCGCACGGUCCGUUCAAUUAAAAGCGCACGAAAGCGAACCGGCCACAGGCCGGUUUGGACGCCAUGAGCAUUAGCGAAUCUUUAACAAUAACCGUAAAAGUUAAUGGUCUGUACAGGUGAUAACAUUACAUUCUAAUGUCCUUUACUACGGGUCUAACAAGGGGGCGAGUAGACGUUUAGUCCAUUAAAACCAUGAGUUAUCUUGGAGGAACCUCUUGCGUACACUAGAUGCUAGCUUCAGGAGGAGUUUCUAAGUGUUUUCAAUGUUAUUGUGUAGGUGAUAGCACUGUUACUUAAAAAUCAAAAAGGAGGAAAAAAAAGCUGUUCGUCAUUCCAUAGGAGUCUCUAGGGACUGAGUUGUGUAUCACUGUGACUGCGGUAUGUGCUUAGCGUUGUAGUUUUCAGUAGGUAGCGGCCAUCUUGUACUAUAGUGAUGUUGUGCUACCAUCCCCCUAUCACACGACGAGAGUACGAAAGAGAGCGCGCGAGCGAGACGGCGAGAAAUCGUCAGUUUAUAAUAACUGUUGCGGAGCGUAAGCGGGUCAGUUCACACAGCAUUUUGUUGAGCACUGUGCAAUACUUGUAUGUUCAUUCCCUUAGUCUUUAAAGGGGCGGCAUCGCUUGAUAGGGGUUAAAAAAGACAAAAAAAACGCAACCCUAUACAGUGAGGCGAUGCAUCCAUCGACCGUAGUCUGGUUAGGUCACAGCACACGUGUGUAGUUUGGAGCUCAACAUCUGUAAACUUGUUAAGGAUUCCUCCGUUUUUCCCGUUGAGUUUUCCUGCACACAGAUUUAACCAUCCAAACAUUUGGGUAAACGUAUAUAAUAAGAUGUACCCCAAAUAUGAGAUUAUCUGUCUAUCUAUCUAUCAAUCUAUCUAUCUAUCUAUAUAUAAAUAUAUAUAUAUAUAUAUAUAUAUAUAUAUAUAUAUAUAUAUAUAUAUAUAGGCUAUAUAUAAAACCCUUCCCUUUCAGAAUAGGUGUAUAUAUUUUUAUAUUUGUCCUGAUAUCAUUUCCUCAUUAUUGAGAUCACCUGGAUAUAAGAGAAUUGUAUCAAUCUUGUUAUGGAAACUAUCUGUUGUACUAUUAAUAUGAUUGGCUGUACCAUUUUGUUAUCGCUGUUAUGAUUACACUCAUGACUAUUACCUGGUUAUCGUUCCUUUAGUGCCCUAUUGAAGACCAUUUUAUAUUUAUUAUGGAACUCAGAAUGUACAGUAUGGACUGUGUGUUUUGUUUCUACUUUUUAUCGUGGGACCAAGUAUAGUUGGCACUUUCAUUUCAAUGUUGCAAUAAAUAUUGAUUCAUGUGUUUUAUCCAUAGCUGAAUAUGAUUUCUUACCCUGUCGGAGAGGUGGAAACUAGAGAAGAACUCCAAAUAUGUGUAAUUGCAACUAUAAGUAGGCCUACAAUUAUUCCUCAACUACUCCUAUGUUAACUGAUGUAAUCUCAUUAUCUACGAUAUCUUAAUACAAGAGGCUUGUUUAUAAAACAAGGAUAAAAUGCAGUUUUUAGAGUCAAAAAUUGAAUACAAUACUACACUCGCUUUGUAUGGCAAAAGGGUGUUAUCGCACUAUCGGGUGUCUGCACGUUAGGUGUAGAACCGGACGUACGGUAGAAGACAGCAUUGCUCGUUGCACCUCAGAGGUUUGUAAAGUAGUCUGAAAAGCCAUUUCUAGUCCUGCAAAGCAACGCUAUCUUUUACUGAAGCUUACCAAAGCACGCAAACAGCUCCGCCAACCGCACCCAACAACUUGAAAAGGAAAAAAAACAAAGCCCUAUCGCUCAGCGUACGACGUACAGUACAGUACAUGCAUACAACCCUCCGAUAAUCUACUACAACGAAAAGCCACCUUUCAAGAAAAAGCUGUGUAAAGAAUUAGAAUCUGAUGCUGUAGGGAGAUCCUAGUUGCCUUUGUGUAUAUCAACUGCCUGCUUGAGUAUUUUUGUGUGUGGAAAUUUUCUCUGUAAUCUUGUAGAACUGUUCGGGGUGUUUUUUCCUGCCAUACUGCUCGCCCCGAGCGGCGAGCCGACAGUUAUAUUGCUGUGUAUGCCUUCAUUUUUGAUGAGGUGUUUUACAAUUUUGUUUCACUUUGUGUAGUGAUUCACUCUGUGGAGUUUCUGACUGUUGUUAUAUAACUUCAUAUACACAAAUGUUCAAUAAAAAUGUUUUAUUUCCUGUUGAUACAGAA